AUGGGUAAUAUUUGUUUUAAAGAUAAAAAUUUAAAAGCUUUACCAGACUUUAGUGAAAGCAAAAAGCCACUUGAUGAAGGGAAAAAGUAGAAUUCAAAUUAAAAUGUAAACAACUCCAGUUCCAGUGAAAGCUAAAUCGUGGAGAAAAUAGUUUUUAAUUCAAAGAUUUAAAGCCUUAUACAUAUAAACUAGAAUAUAUAAAGUUUAAAUCAUAAUUCUAGAUCAUCCAGUUACUUAUCUGUGCUUGAUAAUGAUGCAGAUUUAUCUAUUUAGGAAAUAAAUUAUUAGUCUUAAAAUAAGCUAACACAGAAACAAAAAUCUAAAUAAGGCAACUUAAAUUAGUGUUUGAAAACUGCUUUAAACCCUUAAAUUUACAUUCCUUGCUUAAUUAUUCCUGAUAGUUAAAUAAGGGAAUCAGUAGAAGCUCCAAUAAAGUUUUGCUGA